CAUAUCAAACAAUGCAUUGAUCUAAACCUCUCAUCACCAUGCCCUAUAGCAGAUAAUUGAAAUCGGAUUUGUCACGUAAAUAGUUUCCCGUUUAAUUAGUUUUGAUCGGUGUACACAUGUGUACAAUAGUCAUGUACAAGUGUUACGGCUGCCACACGUUCAGACUUCUUCAUCGUCAUGAACUGUGAACAUUCGAUCCCAAUUUUGUACUACCUCAAUCACCGGGACUGAUAAGUUGAGGUUUUCUCCUAACGAUCAAGGGAACAUGGCCGUAGACAGAAUCAGUCAGCUUGUGGUCAAAGUAAAAGGGAUUAGUGCCAUUGUCGUUGUUUCCUUGUUGUUAAACUACUUAGCUGGAAACUCCUUGCACCGGUGAGUAGAUGACAUUGAAAUAUCUGGACACAAAGUAUAGACAAACAUUAAAUAGAUUUACAAUUUAUAUAUUCUUGGCUUGAAUACUUGCGUCUCUACAAUAUAUUUUUCGAUCUAGACAAAAUUAACAACGCUAAAAAGAUUAUUUUCAUUGAAAAAGUUUGGUACCGUAAUGGUUUUUUUUUAAAAUGUUGUUAUAUAAAAAUUCCAAUCCAUUGAUACUUUUUUUUAAACUGUAAAGUCGACCUAAAGUUUGUAUUUAUUUUACACUAUACAACAGCAUGGCAUAACUAAAGUUUCAAACGUCUGAGAUGUGCUAUUUGAUUCCCCAGAUGUACGGACCAGUUCUGGAGUAACUCCGCGCUUGUCUGCCAGCGUCUGUGGGUCGCCGUGUUGGCAUAUUUUCAUCAAGAUGAAUCCCUGGUGUCCAUUGUAGGUGGGCUGAUGUUGAACAUCUGCUGGUGCCUCCGGUCUCUCCUCUUGGUGGGGGCCAAACAAAUGUUAGCUGUGUUCUGGACAAAUGACUACGAUUUAACAGGAACACAUUUAUCUUAGCUAGUGUUGUUGGAUUUAUCUUACCAUGGGGGAAUCCCCAGACUAUUUGGACGUGCUCCAUCUUUUCAACUCGUAUUUUUUUAAAGAAAUGGAACAACUAAAUGAGAUAGUCAUAUUAAAAUGCCUUGAUUAGCUUACCGUGGACCCUGGCAACAUAUGAACACUAAUGGCUCAGUUGACCCUGGCCACAAGUGGACACUGAAGCUUCGCUUAAUUAUUCUAAACAGAAUAUCUCUAACCAAAUUCAAAUCAAUUCAAUUCAGUUAGAUCAUUUUUAGACUCACCCUUCGUGCCCCUAAAUAAAUAAGAUCUACAUUACCUGAAUUGGAUCAAUACUAAGUUCUAAAACAAAUCAAAGAACUUAUAAGUGAACGUAGUGUACAUUUAAUCCAAUUGCAGACAAUUCAGUAUCCUGCGCUACGAUUGAAUCUGAGUUGGUGAUCAAAAAGAAAAUUGAGAAAAUGAUCUAGAUCGGCAACAUUCUUUUGAUCAGAUAAUACAAACUUAUUUUCUAACGACUCGGGCCAUUAUGGCAGUUUCAAUUCUCUCGGUCUGCAGUGUUUAAGACAUGGUUCUUAGCAGACGCACCUCAUAGAAUAUUUAAAUGACUUGAGCUCAAACAACGGUCUCGGCAUUUUUCUUCAAGAGGCGUGGCUUGGGUAAGGGCCACCCAGGUUGGGCCAAGGUUUUCGAUGCCUUCCACCCCCCCAGCCCCCCAAAUCCUCCACCUAAAACCUCCGAAUUUGGUGGAAGUUGCCACCCCUCAAUAUAUAGAAAGAAGUAGCGUCAGGAGUCGACCGCCGCCCUCACCUCCAUUAUUCGUACGCCAGUGUUUAAUGUGAACGGUGUCUUAAAAAACUUCUCUCCAUUCUUAGGGUCAAGAUAGAAUGAGUUUUAAGACUCUAAAAGAAAUACGUAAUUUUUUUUUGUUUAAACUCUUGUAAUUUAUUUAACUGAGGUAAUAAAAUGGUGUUGUUUGUUCUAAAGCCUAUUGGGAUUAACAUUGGGGAGAUUAGGGGGGGGGAGAGGGGGAAGAGGGGGGGGGGAAGACAUCAUGUUGCAGGAUAAUAUAUUUUGUUAGAAAGUUUUUAAGAGUGUUUAUUUAUUCAUAGCUGCUACACGUUUUCAGUUCUAGUUUGUCUGAGGACAUUCCCCACCCCCCACCCCCCCCUGUUCUAUCUUUUUUCUGUCCAUUAAGUUUUGAUUACCUCUGUUGGGAACACCUUGCUGGAAAUAAAACAUGAAACUGAAUUAAAAUUCUUAUCAUCUUCUUUUUUUUGAAAGUUGUUUCUACGAAGACAAUUUUUUUUUUCUUCAAAGGGUCAACAAUUUAUACGAUGGGAAUUUUCUGGUCACUCAACCUGUUUUUGACGGUGCUGGACUUGACCGGACGACCGGCCGCCAUUCUGAGGUACAAGAUUCAACCUGACAAGAAUUGCCCCGUGAGUUUGGCAACACUUAGAAAAUAUUUUUUUUUUUUGCUUUUUUUUUUUUUUAGACUUUAUUACUCGUUAUUACUUAACCUUAAAACACCCACUUGCAUGGGCGCCCGCCGGAAGGGUAAAUUUUUUUUUUUUUUUCUUUUUUUUUUUCUAGACUUUAUGUCUCGUUUUUACUUAACCUUAAAACACCCACUUGCAUGGGCGCCCGCCGGAAGGGGGGGGCAAGGGGUGGCAUUUGCCUGCCCCCCCCCCCCGAUUGAUUGGAAAAAAAAUUUUUAGACAAAAAUAGACAAAAAAUGAGUUAAAGUAAAGAGAAAAUAAAGAGAAAGUAACUAAGCUGAUGUCCUGUCCGUUCGUUCACCAUACAAAUACGCUACAGUAAAUUAAAACUACAUUAAAACAUUACUAACAAUUUCCCCCCCCCCCCUAGAAAUUUAAUCGAUUUUUUUGCCCCCGCCCUCUAGAAAGUUUUCUGCGGGCGCCCACGCCCACUGGAGCCGUUUUUACGUUGAGUCUAGUUCUGCAUUGAGCAGAAAUCUAUACAAGACAUUCGAUGAUCGCAUACUUAAACCUCUUAAGUGUAUUUCUUUUUUAAAAAUCCUAAGCUCUUUCAAUUUAGCGGAAUUAGAUAUGAAUCUAGGCCACGGCCCAAGGAAUGUCGCCGCUGAGCACAUGCCUCAAGUAAAUGAGUUUAAAAUGAAUUAUGACACUCCACGAACCUGCCCCCUCCUCCCCCUUCCUCCCCCCUCCUCCUCCUCCUCUCCCUCUAAAACCCACUCCUGUAAAUAAAUGCGCGAAUUUCCAAAUCGGUGCUGCAGACCGUAUCAUGGAUCCACCCAUGAUUUCUUCAUCUGAAAGUGUGUGGUUGUUUUCAUUACGGGGAAAAAAAUUGCCUUUUUUUAAAAAAUAAACUACACUUUAAAAAAUAUUUUAUAAUGAAGUUUUCUUAAUAAUAAUAAGGAAGAGAAAAACAUGGUUACAUGAUAAACAUUUAUGGUCUAAAAUUAUAAUUUGAGUAACAUUAAGCCAAAAGAGCGUGAGUAAUAUUUUAAAGUCGCCUUCAAGAGCUCUCCACUCUGAUGUUGUAUUUAAAAAGGUCCAUUGUACUUCACUUACACGGUUCAUGUUUUUAAAACACUUCCCGGUUUCUUUAGAUGACACUUCCGGUUUCUCAGCGAGACCCCCCAUUUGCCUUAUUUGGGAGCGCAUUUUUUGAGGUGCGAAAACUUAACGUGACGUCGUCUUCAGAUCUUGUUGACUAAAAAGAGGAAGAAAAAAUUCCUUGCCCUUAUUCCGCUUGCACUGACAGAGGAUAUUUCAAUAGUGUGUAGGUGGACAUAAUCAAAUAUGUGCCUUAUGAUAAACCACGAAUAUGACAGAUGUGGUAUUAGAAACUCGGUCAAAUAUUGACGUUAUUACAAGCCUCGACCAUACACGAUGAGAUUCUAUAAAAUUGGAUGGAUACUCGAUUCAUAGAUUAUGUAGAUAUGUGUUACUAACAAUAUCAGUAUAAUUUCCAUUCAAACAAUGUAGGUUUAACCAAACGUGCAGACAUGAAGUGAACAUUUCCAUCACAUCAAUUACUCUUCUCCCUCUCCUCCUACAGCUAACUCACACCGACUUGUGGCGAGCGGUCAAGGUGGCCGUAUUCAACCAAACUAUCGUGGGAGUUCCCUUUCUCUGUGGCCUGCACAUCAUGAUGAAACGGCGUGGCUGUUCCUGGUCUCCGGAAGAACUACCCACAGCCACACAAGCUCUGCUUGAGAUGGCAGUGUUUGUCUUUGUCGAGGAGAUAAGCUUCUACUAUGCGCACAGGUAGCUCGUACCAGACAGUGUAACAUAUCAUCAUUGUAACAUACCAUCGGCGUUACAGACGGUCGAUGUAACAUACAAUCAUUGUAACAUACCAUGAGUGCCUCUGUUGCUAGAGUAGUUAUCCACUUAUGUGCAGUUCAAGGAAGAGUUGAAGUUAAGGGCUCUGAGUAAACUGAAUUGAAAUGGAAAAAAAAACAGAAAUCGAAGAGAACGACAACUUAACGAGACCAUUUAUGUUAAUAAAACAAUUCCAGAAUAUGGCGAACACUUAAGUUUUUAAAAAUAUUUUCUAUUUCUUUUUAUUUCUUCAUCUGUACUGUCUGCUGAGGACGGGUCUUCGCCCAUACGUUUUUUUGUGUUUUUUUAUAGUCCUGUCUUUCUAUUUCAAGCUUCCUCCUUGUUCUACUAUUUAUUAUCCUUCAUUGAUCCUACAUGGACUAACAGUUGGAGAUACAGACAGGUCUUAAGAUUAAGCGGGUGUGUCACGUUUCAAAAUAUGCGUCUUUACACAAGGUCUUACAAACACCACGUUAAGACCUUCUAACGUUACCUCUCCACAGACCACUCCACCAUACACGACUUUACAAAGACCAUGUUAAGACAAUCUAACUUGGCAUAUCCACAGAAUGCUCCACCAUCCACGACUUUACAAACACAUCCACAAGAAGCACCACGAGUGGACGGCACCUAUAGGCAUCGUGUCCAUCUACGCCCACCCAGUGGAGCAUAUCUUCGCCAACUUGCUGCCGCCGGCCCUGGGCCCCAUCCUGAUGGGAUCCCACAUGGCCACGGCCUGGCUGUGGUGGGGUGUGGCCAUCUUGUCCACCACGAUUGACCACGGGGGUUACCGGCUUCCAUGGUUCUUGUCUCCAGAUUUCCAUGACUACCAUCACUUAAAGUAAUUGUCGGAUCCUUUGUUUGAGACCCGCUGUUAAUUACUUCGUUAGUUAUGUUGUUAAUUGUAUUGUUAUUUAUUUAACAGUGAAAUAUGUUGUUUUUCUUUAUUUUGUAACAGCUCAUAAUUAAGCUCUGAUAAUUUAUUAACCUGAAUAUUGUUUAGGGUUUAGACUUUUAACUUCAAAAAUUGCUGACUCCCUCAAAGAACAAAAUAUACAGGGUUUUUUUUUUUCAAAGAGAUUUUUAAAAACAUAAUUAAAGGGUUUUUCGCAGAAAUACUUUAUAUUCAGUAGUUAUUAUUUUGUUUUAUAUUCAUAUUCUAAUGUCCCACUCGCUUUUCCACCACAAAGUUAUUUCAACAACAACUUCAGAAAAACAAUUGAAAAUAUAACGCACUAAAAUCACUGGCGAUAUUAUUUUUUUUCUAAAGAAUCCCAUUUAGUGCAGUUAUCAGGAAUUUUAUUUUUUGAAAUCAUUCGCAUCAUAUUUUCUUCAUUUUCCCCUUGAAAGACAUGAAAUCUGAUUUUUGUGGGUUGGGGCUGAAAAUUUGAAAGAAUGUGUUGUCAUCGGCAACGAAUCUACGUUCCAAGUUUCAGUUCGAUAGGAUGACGGGCAUUGGGUCAAUAAGCCAUCCGAAGAUGUUUGCCUUAAACACACGAACAAAAGCGAAGUUAACAUAAAGGAUUUAAAAACGUCAUUUAGUAAGAUAUCAACCGAAUUAGGGCUUCUAAUUACGUCACAUUGGGAAAUGGCAUCGGUGGGUCGUCAAGCGUGAGCUCUAAAUAUCCCCCCCCCGGGCACGCCACCACACGGGACAGACGCCGGGUUUUCCGCCACUAGACAGUGCGGAAUCACACCGGAAACCUCCACUCCUGCCCUAGGGGACAUCCGGUCGACCGAAAACGCUGCGUUUAAAGCGCUCGCGGUCCACUCUCCCGUCGGGUCAGCACGGCUUUUGCUUCCACUCCGGGGAAAAGGUGUUGCGUUACCACCCCAGGGAGUCUUUCGGUCGGGACGGAAGCUGGGACGAAACGGUCGCCUAGGAGCGGCUUUCUAAGGGCCGCGUAGCUAAAUUCAUCGGCAUGAGUUUUAACCGCCACCCAGACCUUAUAUCCAUUUAAAGGCAACAUUAGUGCUUCUCAAUCGUUCAAUCCUUAGGAUACUAUAAAGUGUUAAUUUAUAUUUUUAAAACAAAAAAAUCUAAGCGUUCAGUGAUGACUGAUUUCAUUUUAUUAUUUCUUACCACUGAUUGUAAUUGAAUUGAUCUACUCUUUCUUACACUGGAUAAUUUCCUCCAUAUCUUUUUAUGUAAUUACAUACAAUAAUAGUGUCUUAACCGAGUCCAUACCUGACAUAUGUCUUUCCUCACCAUUUCCUAAGAUUCAAUACAAACUAUGGAGUCAUUGGAUUACUUGAUCGUCUGCAUGGGACUGAUGCACUUUUCCGGAAACACAUAUCCGGCGAGACGGAGGCAGAUUUAAAAGAAAACAACAUGGCUGACACUGGAAGCAAGAUGAAAAUUGGAUGAGGGUGGUGCAAGCCAUUGCUGCUAAACCUGGGAACUUGUUGAUGGGGUAGAAAAGACGCCAGGGGUCGGCGAACAGGGAUCGGCUAACAGGGGUCAGAGAACAGGGGUCAGAGAACAGAGGUCGGUCAACAUCGGUCAGUGAACAGGAGUUGGCGAACAAGGGUCAGUGAACAGGGGUCAGCGAAUAACGGUUUGUAAACAGGGGUCAGCGAGCUCGGAUCAGCGAACAUGGAUAAAGUACUCGAAGGGGGAUAACAAUGAAAAUGCUGGGGGUAAUUAAGGCUCAAGAGAAAGAACUAAAAAUUAUAUAAAAAGUGCGUCCAUUAUUAACAAAUCUUUGCUCUGCCAAAACUGCUUCUUAACUAGUGUAUUAGAGAAAAUUACCCAACGUGUUGUGGUUUGUAGUGGGUUGGUCACUUGUAAUAGAGUUUUAUUCAUUUUAUUUUUUUCGCAUUUUUUAAAAACUUUUUUUUAUAUUAAUUGUAUUCUCCUUAUAAAUGGGUUCAAUUAACCAUUUUGAAUUCACAUAGUAAUUUCAAUUUUAUUUCUUUCAAAUUGACAAGUGGGG